ACGCAUGCAUACCCCAUUUCUAUCCAAGCUGUUGGCAGAGAUAGUGCACUCACUGCGCUGAGAGCAGCGGUCACAAAUCAAGUACGUCUCGGCAAGUCAAUUUUGUAUCUACGGUGGAUAUUACAAUCCAAGCCUUAGAUCUCUGCUGAAGAGACAGAAGAUGGACUCAGCCAUUAACAGCCACCUUGUGCAGAACCUGUCCAUUCUUCUGAGUGCUGGUUAUUCCAACGAGACCUGUCGCUUUGAUGAGGAGUUUAAGUACAUCCUACUGCCUGUUUCCUAUAGCCUGGUGUGUGUUCUGGGUCUGGUGCUUAACUCUGUGGCCUUGUGGAUGUUCUUGACCAAGAUGCGACCGUGGAACACCAGCACCGUCUACAUGUUCCACCUGGCCCUCUCAGACUUCCUGUACGUUCUCUCCCUGCCCACCCUCAUCUACUACUACGCUAACCGCAGCCACUGGCCCUUCGGCGUGGCCGCCUGCAAGAUUGUCCGCUUCUUGUUCUACGCCAACCUCUACAGCAGCAUCCUCUUCCUCACCUGCAUCAGCGUCCACCGCUACCUGGGCAUCUGCCACCCCAUCAAGGCCCUGACCAUGGUGAAGCCACGCCAUGCCCACGCCGUGUGUGGAAUGGUGUGGGCUGCUGUCACGGCGUGUCUGGUGCCAAACCUCAUCUUUGUCACCACCAGCCAGAGGGACAACGACACGAUGUGUCACGAUACGACCAAUCCCGAGCAGUUUGAGGAGUAUGUGGACUACAGCUCUGCGGUCAUGGUCCUGCUGUUCGGCGCCCCCUUCAUGGUUAUCAUGGUCUGCUACUGUCUGAUGGCACUGGCUCUGUGUCGGCCCAGACGGGGGCUCUCGCCCAGCCAGCAGAACUCACCCUCACGCACCAAGUCCAUCAAGUUAAUUGUGGUGGUGCUGGUGGUGUUCGCCGUGUGUUUUGUACCCUUCCAUAUCACACGCACCCUCUACUAUACCUACCGUGUACUGAAUGCCAAAUGUGAAUUCCUGAACAUCGUCAACUUUGCCUAUAAGAUCACCAGGCCUCUGGCCAGUGUGAACAGUUGUAUUGAUCCCCUCCUGUAUUUCCUGGCUGGGGAUCACUACCGCUCUAAGCUGGUCAAAGCUCUCACUGGAAAUAGACCGACAACCACCAGCCUCUCUGCUGCCUGCCUGAAAAAGCGCCCCAAAAAGAACCAUGAGAUCGCGCUGGUCUAUAAGAACCCAGAGCCUAAAGCCAGCAUUGAACCUAUGAGAUAGUGGGUUAUACAUAUGGACAACUAUGGGGCAUCAUAUAGAUAUGCCUAACCUCCAUAAUAUAAACAUGAAGGAAACAGUUAAUAGCCCUAGGCUGGCCACUACACAGCUGCACUUUCUUUGGAUGCUGUUCUGUCAUUUCAGACACAGGAUGACUACUGUCCAGGGUGAACGAAGGGGCCUCUUGCCAGAGCUCAGACCUGAGUGAGAAAUUCAGUUCCUAUAAGGCUGUUCGGUCAAUGUCAUGUUAAAGAGAAUGAAGAAGUGGAAGUACGGACGAGUUCAGAAAACAGUGGUGAAAAAGUACCCAAUUACCAAACUUGAGUGAAGUAAAAAUGAAAGUCACCCAGUAAAAUACUACUUGAGUAAAAGUCUAAAAGCAUUUGGUUUUAAAAAUACUUAAGUAUCAAAAGUAAAACUAUACAUUAUUUUCAAUUCCUCAUAUUAAGCAAACAAGACGACAUCUUUUUCUUGCUUUUUUAUUUACGUGUGUUUAGUGAGUCCACUAGAUCAGAGGCAGUAGGGAUGACCAGGGAUGUUCUCUUGAUAAGUGCGUGAAUUGGACCAUUUCCCUGUCCUGCUAAGCAUUCAAAAUGCAAUGAGUUCUUUUGUGUGUCAGGGAAAAUGUAUAGAGUAAAAAGUACAUUAUUUUCUUUAGGAAGUUAUAGUUGUCAAAAAUAUAAAUAGUAAAGUACAGAUACCCCCCAAAAAACGACUUAAGUAGUACUUUAAUGUUCUUUACACCACACAGUCUCCUUAUCACCACUAACACUUUAAAACAGUGUUGUAAGUAUGUAGUACCGUGAGACAUCUACAUUCCCCCUUGUUAGUAAGAAGCUAUGGCAGGUAGCCUAGUGGAUAAGAGUAACUUAAAUGUUGCUGGUUCAAAUCCCCGAGCCGACUAGGUGAAAAAUCUGUUGAGCAAGGCACUUAAUAACCCUAAUUGCUACGAUAAAUUACUCUGGAUAAGAGCUUCUGCAAAAAUGUAAAAGCCAAGUCUGUUUUAAACAUGUACUGUACAGUCUCUUCCUACUCUGAAUACUUGUCUAUUAAUUUAAUUCUGCCGGUUGCUGUGCUUGUAAGACAAGAGUUCAAAUCCUUUCAACCAGGGGAACAAAACAGUUUAUGUGCCUCUGUCUGAGCCAGACUGUCAUCUCAUAGAAUAAAAUCUUAACUGGCUUGCCUAGUUAAUUAAAGGUUAAAUAAAUCAAAUAAAAUAAAAAUAUUACCACACACUGUUAUGCAAAGCGUGUUAUGCACAGUAGCUACAGGACUCUGAAGAGCAGGAGGAAAUGUAUGUAAUCUGUAAUCUGUUUGUUCAGAUUUGUGUUAUUAUGGUAGCACGUACUCAGAGAGAGGCUCUGUGGAUGGGUAUAACAGAUUGGAUUAUUAUGGAUUAUCGGUGAGUUACUGUGAUCAUCAAAAGCAUCUCUUCCUAUAACAUUUUUUAAAUAUGAUCCAAGGAGUUUGGCUGGUAAAAAUGUCUUCCUGUCACGCCCUGACCUUAGUUAUCCCUGUUUUUCUAUAUAUUUUUGUUAGGUCAGGGUGUGACUAGGGUGGGUACUCUAGUUUUUGUAUGUCUAGGGUUUUUGUAUGUCUAGUGUUUUUUGUAUGUCUAUGUUGGCCUGAUAUGGUUCCCAAUCAGAGACAGCUGUUUAUCGUUGUCUCUGAUUGAGGAUCAUAUUUAGGUAGCCAUUUUCCUCAUUUGUGUUGUGGGAUCUUGUCUAUGUUUGGUUGCCUUAGUGCACAUCAGUAGUGGCACAUGUCGGUCGGUCGGUCGGUCGGUCGGUCGGUCGGUCGGUCGGUCGGUUGUUUUGUUCAGUGAGUUUCGAUUUAUUAAAAUUAUGUGGAACUCUACUUAUGCUGCGCCUUGGUCCGAUCCUUACGACGAACGUGACACUUCCAGUCAGAGUGGAGGUGACGUUACAAUAAUAAAAAAAACUCAAAGGUUGAGGCCAGCUGAAACAGUUCAACAGAAACAGUGUGUGUUAUCCAAAAAAUGUGUGGUAGCUAAAGCACUAGUCCUCUCCCAGCUGUUUGUGUCCUUCAGCACAGUCCCCACAGCUGUCUAUCUGUCUGUCUCUGCUAUGAGGAAACCAGGGGAGUGACUGAAUGGGUGUGUAGGCUGGAGUAUCAACUCCAUCCAACAACCCACACUUUGGAUAAAGAGGAGAUUAUUCUGCAUUACCCAAUUUGGAUUCAUUACUUGACCCAACAUGGUCUUUUUCCGCAUUAGUUUUGGUUGUUGUUGCUCUCAGAAAGACUGCCUUACUUUCCAUGUGAAAGCAGAUGUCUCUGUAAAGCAGAUUGCAUGUCAGAGGUUCAUUCAUUAGGGUAUUUGAAGUACUAUACUGCUGUACUUCAUAUUAAAGCUACUGGUCGUGUUUAUAAAAGGCAUUAUAACUCAGGUUCAAGGUAUGAUAGGAAGGCACAUGGUUCAAUAGGUUUAUAACAAUAUAAUGCCAUUAAAUCUAUUUUUUUAUAAAUCUA